AGCAGCUCCAGCUACCUCUCUCUUCAGAAUUCUCAAUUCAAUUCAGCCUUGUGCCUCCGACUCUCGUCUCAGCAUGCUUGAUCGGAACGUGCAUGUGCUUUCUCCCAGCUGAAAACCAACAAUACCCUUGUCAACUAAUAACAUGUUAAAAGAGAAUUAUAAUGACGGAUAAUAAGGAUAAGGACAAUGAUACUUUGACAUUGGGUGAUAAUUCCUUUGGAAAGCUUCCUGACCAUCUCCUGAUUGAAAUUUUCAUCCGAGUGCCAGUUUCAGAGUGGGGGCAAGUGUCUUGUGUCAGAAAGCAAUGGGCCAAUUUGUUUCGUGGAGAAUGCUUGUGGCAGGCUGCUCUUACUAGGACAUUUCCUUUGGUUAGCCAAGUUAAAAGGUGGCCUGGACCUAUUCCUCGAGGACAUAGUAAAAGGUCUUUUUGGGCAUUUAGGCAGUAUGCCUUCCCUUUUUCCUCCAAAACAUGGCAAAGUUUCUCUCGUUGGGACAUUUGAUGCUACUUAUUUCAGAAGAAGAUUUGCUGCCCUGUAUGUUAGUAAACGCUUCUUUGAACUGGAUGAGGAGAUAGAUGAGAUUAUUGGUCAUACAUUUUUGUUUUUGAAAGAGCAGCUUGAGCAUUCAACUAUGCCACUUUCUUCUGGGGUGCUUCAUGGAACCAUAAUUGGUGUGGCUUCUAUCCUCUUCAUCUUUUUGUUUGCUCAUAAGCUUUGAAUAUUUUCUUUUUUUAGGUAAAUAUAAUUUGUUUCCAUUUUUGAGUUGACUAUCACAUUGUGAGUAGUUUAUCACCUGAAAUAAAAAUGUUGGGGCCAUGAAACCUUAGACAAUCAGACGUGAAAGAUUCCACAUAUUGUAUGGCUCAAAGAUCUCCCCCUUACAAUCUUAUGUCUAGCAAUAACUUGGUUUAUGCUUGCUUUUGCCCAAUGGAGAUGUUUGAAACGGCUACUUUUCUGAUUGGAAUACAUGCAACCUAAUGUGCUAUGCUGGUGUGCUUUUGUCAUUUUUCAUGGUAUUAUUUUUGCAUGAUGUCAGUUUUGUCUUGAAUGUCCAUCUCGUCUUGCUCAUGCGUUGUCAAGUGUAAAUGGUGUAAUUAGAAUAAACAUCAAGUAAAACUCCACCAUAGAAACUGAUUUUGCAGUAUUAGAUCACUGAACUAUGGAAACUAAAAAUUUAGCUUUAAAAAAAAUGGCUGCAAAUUUUUUUCUUCUUAUUUCCUGUAGAGUCUGUUUGCUAACUCUUUACGAGGAAAAAAAUAUUCUGCUUUUGUCAGAUCAAUUUAUAGCUUGUGGUAAAUCAAGAGACAUGGCACAUGAGCUUGCAUCACGGAUUUGGCUGGCAGUCCUUGACAAUUUAGAGGAAAAUGAGCGGACAUUUCAUUUGCUCAAGCGUCUUGCUUUAGAGGGGGAUGUUUUCCUUCCAUACCCCUACUCAAGAUCAAUUAAAGUCCAAUGGAGGGUGUUUGAGAAGCUUUUGACAGAUUUUCGUGACUGCUUCAAUCAAGCAGAUUACUAUGAUGUGUUGGCCCUGGCUAAGAACAAGUUUCAACCAAUUCCAUCAGCAUGGUUAGGUUACUAGCUUGUCUUUAAAAUGUCUAAGCGGAGAGAGAAUUAUGUUGUAUCAUGGGGAUAUGCAUCCCAAACCAAUAAAAAAGGGCAUGCCAUUUGUAUACACGGAGAGAAUGAUUUUCUCCACUACACUAGGCAUGAUCAGGUGAAGGAAGAUCUCUCUAGCCUCCUCCACAAGAACGCGGAACUGUGUAUUUUUUAUGAGAUUUCAGUGGCAAUUGUAAUUAAUAUAUUUCCUAUAAAUUGUUAAAGGAAAUGAACAUAUAUUCGUGAAAACAGUCACUUUCUCAUGUACCAUUUGCAAUUUGAGAGAUGAAUAGUGAAAUGAAAUGACAAGCUCAAUACCAAUUACAUAGGCAAUGACAUAUCAAUUUAUUAUUUACACAAGCAAAGCAUAAAGGAGCACUAGGUUUAUCAUAAAAAGAGAGAGUUAAAUUGUUUACAUUGUUAAGUUUAUAAAUUUAUUUUUUUCAA